UAUUUAGAGAAAGUGACUACGGGGAUGAGACUAUUUCUCAGCAUAUUGCUUCUCUUCAUUUUAACGUCGAAUACAACAGCUUUUGGCAGAAGAAAAUCUUCCAAAUGCGGAGUGGAUUGCGUGUCUACUUCUUCUAACCGUGAUCAGAAUAAAACAUCUGAUUACUAUUACGACUGCGAUCCCAAGCUCGGAAUUGUCCAGAAGAUACCCUAUUUGCGAUCUUGCUCUACGUGCAACGCCAUCGAGAUUGACUUCUCGUCCGCCUGUAUAAGAUGUGGCAUGUGUCUCGCCAUUUCUGACAAGAUAAAUCAAACGUUGAUGGAUGUCCAAGAAAUGUUACCCGAUGGAUGUCUGAACGAUACGGAAAUUGAAUUACUUUUGAGAACCAUCUGUGACCAUUCCUUCCAACAUUACAGUCUUCGGGAAAUUAAUGGGAGGAGGUUUAUCUGUGAUUGGCUGCCGGGUUCUACCAUGGUCUCCUCGUCGGGGGAUGCACUGUGGCCGGACAAGAUAAAAGAUCUGUGUCAUUACUACCUGGACGCCGUAGGAGAACUGGAGUUAUACGAAAAGUGGCAGCAGUGGUGCAAGGAUCCCGACAACUUUCCAAAUUUGUCAAACGUUUUGUGCCGAAGUAUGCACGGCAUGUUACAUGACUGCAGAAGUAUGGAGGACCUGAACCCGUACGAGCCUCCGUACAAAACUUACAACGCCAAAGUGAAAUUCACUGCGAGCUACGAUAAAUGCAGUAAACGUGAAUGAACAUUUUUAUUCCAAAGAAACUUUCUUACUUUUCUAUUUUACAACAGAAAUAAUUCUAUUGAUACAUGU